UCAAGAUUAAACAUUUGUGGAAUCAUAAUCUAUGCUUUAUCUCGUAGUCUUAACAUAUUCGAACUUUCUCUAUAAUGUUUGUUUUUCUAGUAUAUGUUUCCUGUGACUGAUCGAUAGACAAUGGCUUCAUCUUUCUUUUUGAUUCUAGCAGAAAGUUCCAUCAACAGAGAGAAGAACAAAUUAUUUUCAUUCCCAGGCUUUUCAUUUUCAGACGCGGUAAUGGAUCAACUGCAACAAAUUGGAGAAGUCUUAGGAAAUCUCAAAGUUCUCAUGGUCUUCAAAGAUGAAAUACACAUCAACCAAAGACAAUGUCGCCUACUAUCAGAUGCUUACAACAUCGCCUUUGAAGGCAUCAUCGAAGAAAUGCAACUCAAUCUAAAAUUCGACGAAAAGAACACAAAAUGGAGCGCACUCGAAAACCCCUUGAGAGAACUCCACAGGGUCAUGAAAGAAGGAAAACAGUACAUCAAAAAUUGUUUAGAGCCAAAAGAUUUCUGGGCUAAGGCUAUCUCUCUAAACCAUAACACUGAUUGUGUUAAUUUUCAUCUCCACAAUUUGUUAUCGUGCAUUUCGAUUGUGUAUGAAGCCAUUGAAAAUGCUGGAGAGAUUUCAGGUUGUGAUCAUGAAGAGAUCAACAAGAAAAGACUCAUCCAUUCUAAAAAGUACGAUCAAGACUGGCUGGAUCAAAAGCUAUUUCAAAUUAAAUAUGGAAAGAGAUAUUUGGUAUCUCAAGAAUUGAGCAGCAGACUAGAUAGUGUAACGAAAGAGGAUCGAUGGAAUUUAUCGGAGGCAAUUUCUGAGAGGAAGAGAUCAUCGAAGCAUGAGAACCAACUCGCUGAAAUUGUAUUAUCUCCAAAGGGAAAGCUCUUUCCUGUCUCUAUUCUUGUUGGUUCAAAGGAUUACUUUGUGAGAAGAAGACUAAGCACUGGGAGAAAAUACAAGGAGAUACAUUGGCUAGGAGAGAGCUUUGUGCUUGGACAUUUUAUAGGAGAUGUCGAACCUUUACUUGAAGAUAUAUCGCUCUCAUCCUCUAUUUCACAUCCAAAUGUGAUGCAUUAUAUGUAUGCAUUCUGUGAUGAGGAAAAAAAGGAGUGUUUUCUUGUAAUGGAAUUAAUGAACAAGGAUCUCGCAAGCUACAUAAAAGAGAUUUGUUGCACAAGGAGGAGGAUUCCUUUUCCUCUUAUAGUAGCAGUGGACAUUAUGCUUCAAGUUGCUAUAGGUAUGGAGUACCUCCACUCUCGACAAAUUUAUCACGGAGAUUUAAACCCUUCAAAUAUCCUUGUGAAGACUAGAAACUCGUCGCACGAUGGAUACUUGCACAUAAAGAUUGCAGAGUUUUCUCUCUCAAGUGGAAAGAAAUUAAAAGGGUCAACAGGUUAUGAACGCAUUUGGUAUGCUCCUGAGGUACUGAUGGAAGAAUCCACAAGCAAGUAUUCAGAGAAGGCAGAUGUUUAUAGCUUUGGGAUGAUAUGUUUCGAGCUAUUGACAGGAAAAGUACCGUUCGAAGAUGAUCAUCUUCAAGGAGAUAAAACGAGUCGAAAUGUAAGAGCAGGAGAAAGACCAUUAUUUCCUUUUCCGUCUCCUAGAUGUCUUACAAGCCUGACAAAAAGAUGUUGGCAAGCUGAGCCAGCACAGCGCCCGAGCUUCACUUCUGUAGUUCGAGUUCUUCGUUACAUCAAGAGGUUUCUGAUCAUGAACAUGGAUAAUAAUCUCCUAGAUUUGCCUUGUCCAGCUGUGGAUUACUUCGAGAUCGACAUGAAGCUUUCGAAGAAAUUCAUAGAAACUGCGAGAGUAUCGGAUAUCCCUUUUCAGAUGUUUUGUUAUAGAGUGAUAGAGAGGGAGAGGUGUAGCCUCUAUCUCAAGGAGAAGAGUUCGGAUUCGGGUAGUGAGGGAACAUCUACUUAUGGGGAUGACAGUGGAUUCAAUAUGAUGAUUCAUGAUGAUUCUUUUGUUUCUCCUUUGCCUCUUAGAAGAUCAUCAUCUCAAAUGUGUUUGGAUGUUGGUAGUAAAUCUUCCCCGAGGAAAAUUGACAAAAAGGCUGUCAAGCAAUCAGGGCAAACCCCAAAGGGAAGAACAAAGAGACCACCGCCGCUGCUAAACCUUCGUGGUCGGAGUCUGAACUUGAAAUCGAACAGCCAACUGACACCACCAGCAACAAUGACUCCUGGACGGCGCAGGAUAUCUGGGCAUAAAUCAGAUUCAGAAUUAGCAUAG